AAGUGAGAGGCCACAUAAAUGUUCAGAUUGUGGGAAAGGGUUCAGAACCAUUUCAGACCUUAAACUUCAUGCGAGAAUCCACACAGGUGAGAAGCCUUAUUCAUGUGCUGACUGUGGGAAAAGCUUCAGCAGUAGCAGUAGCCUUACAAUGCAUAGGAUAACCCAUAAGGAAGAGAGGCCAUAUAAAUGCCUGGAGUGUGGCAAAUGUGUCAAGUACAAAUACAGCUUUAGGCAACAUCAGAAUACACAUAAAUACAAAUGCUCAGACUGUGAGAAAAGCUUCAGCCAAAGCUCAGCCCUUGAAAUACAUAAAAGAAAACACACAGGUGAGAAACUAAUUAAGUGCUCACACUGUGGGAAAAGCUUUGAUCGUAGAUCAAACUUUGUUGUACAUGAGAGAAGUCACACGGGAGAGAAGCCAUAUCGUUGCUCAGAAUGUGGGAAAGGCUUUGUAAGCAAGCCUAAACUUAAUCGACAUGAGAAAAUGCAUACAGGAGAGAAGCCAUUCACCUGUUCACACUGCGGAAAGAACUUCAGUGAAAAAGUCAACCUUGUGCAUCAUGAGAGACUCCAUACUGGAGAGAAACCAUACAAAUGCUCUUUCUGUGGGAAGGAUUUUGCAUGGAAAAGACUGUGUAUUGAGCAUGAAAAGUUCCAUCAGGGAUCCUAUAAUUGUUCUGAAUGUGGAAAAAGUUAUAGCAACCCUUCACACCUUCGGCAACAUCAGAAGAGUCAUGCUGGCGAGAGACCACAUGUAUGCUGGGAAUGUGGGAAAACAUUCCUUACACACUCAUCGCUUCACCUCCACCAAAAUAUCCACACAGGGGAGAAGCCGUACCAGUGUCCAGAUUGUAGCAAACGUUUCCGAUCCAAGUCAGCCCUUACAGUCCACCAGAGAAUCCACACAGGAGAGAGACCAUUUAAAUGCAUGGAGUGUGGGAAAAGCUUUGUUACCAGUGGCGCUCUUCUAGGCCAUCACCAUAUCCACACGGGGGAGAAACACUUUAAGUGUCACGAGUGUGGGAAAAGCUUCAAGAAAAGGUCGGCCCUUCUCACCCAUGACCGAACCCACACUGGAGAAAAGCCUUAUAAAUGCUCAGACUGCGGGAACAGUUUCAGUAACAAAUCCAGCCUUACGAGGCAUAAGAGGAAGCACACUGGAGAAAAGCCCUUUUGCUGCUUAAACUGUGGGAAGCGGUUCAGCCAGAGCUCCAGCCUCAUCCGGCACAUGAGAAACCACACGGGUCUGAGGCCCUACAUCUGCUCAGACUGCGGAAAAAGCUUCAAGCAGAGUUCCAGCCUGCUCGUCCACGGGAGGACCCACACGGGAGAGACCCCGUACAGCUGCUCCAUCUGUGGGAAGCGCUUUUCCCAGAGCUCCAACCUCGUGAAGCACGAGAGAAUCCACACUGGAGAGAAGCCCUACAGGUGCCCGGAUUGUGGGAACACCUUCAGUAACAAAUCUAGCCUGACAAGGCAUAAGAGGAACCACACCGGGCAGAAGCCCUACAAGUGCAUGCAGUGCAGCAAAAGGUUCAAGCAGAGCUCAGGCCUCCUCAAGCACGAGCGGAUCCACGCCGACAUGGCGGACAAGUCGCACCGGUGCUCCUUUUGUGAGGAGAGCUUUAAGCAGCGCUCAUACCUCAUUAGGCAUGAGAGGACCCACACGGGGGAAAAACCGUACAGCUGCUCAGUGUGCGGGAAAAGCUUCAGCCAGAGGUCCCACAUCAUCACGCACGAGAGGACACACACGGGCGAGAAGCCCUAUGCCUGCUCGGACUGUGGGAAGAGCUUCAACCGCCGCGCGAACCUCAUGGCACAUGAGCGAACCCACACGGGGGAGAAACCGUACGCUUGCUCAGACUGCGGGAAAUGUUUCAGCCAGAGCUCGUGGCUGAUGGCGCACAAGAUCAUUCACACUGGCGAGAAGCCGUACAAGUGUCCCGACUGUGGGAAGUGCUUCAACCACAGGUCGAGCCUCAUUAAACAUGAGCGCUCCCACUCGGAAGAGAAGCCAUACGCCUGCUCGGACUGCGGGAAGUCCUUCAACGAGAGCUCCAAGCUGAUCAAACACCAAAGAAUCCACACAGGGGAGAAGCCAUACAGGUGCCCCCAGUGUGGGAAGACCUUCUGCUUCCGGUCCAGCCUGAGCCAGCACGAGAGGACACACACUGGGGAGAAACCCUACACGUGCUGUGAGUGCAGGAAGAGCUUCCGGCAGAAGUCUCACUUGAUCCGGCACGAGCGAAUGCAUACAGGGGAGAAACCCUACCAUUGCUCAGACUGCCAGAAGAGCUUCAGCCGGAGCUCAGCCCUGGUCGAGCACAAGCGGAUCCACACGGGGGAGAAACCAUACCAGUGUUCACACUGUGGGAAGAGCUUCAACCAGCGGUCGUACAGCAUCAUCCACGAGAGAAGCCACAUGGGGGAAAAGCCAUACAAGUGCUUAGACUGUGGGAGGAGCUUCAACCAGCGGUCGCACCUCACCCUUCAUGAGAGGAGCCACACAGGCGAGAAGCUUUGAAAUGGCCCGGGCACUGCGGGGCCUUGUUCAGCGGGUGCACGGAACUAGGAGAACUUGCAGUGUGGACACAAGGGGCAAAAUAUAAAUGCACAAUGUGAAAAAGAAAUCAAAGUGCUUUCUGGUGGAAGUGGAAAGAGCGCUGUUGCCUGCUUCGUUGCCUCUGCUCAGCAACAUAUUUUUCAACAGUGACCAUAAGCAGACCUCGAUCAAGGGUUGAAAGUCCAACAGUGUUAGCUUCACCCACUGACUCAUAGAACUGACAAGCUUGUAAGCCAGAGUGUGGGUUGGCAUGAAACCAUGGGUUGUUGAUUGAUAGGCUGUUGUAGUGUACAAACCCAGCUGCAUGAUUUGUUAGCCACGAACAACCUACAGUUUACAAUCCAACAAGAAACCAUGGUCAGAAGGAACAUCAAAGGUCCCCUAGCCCCAGAUCCUGUCAAUGGAGGAAAUCAUUGCUGCUCUUAUAUUAGCACCAUCCAAUUUAAAGGUUGUUGAUUCGGAAUGGAUCAGAAAGGGCACUGCUUCACACAGUAUAUAGUAAAUGGAGAACAUAGUGGUGGCCAAGGCCAUCGUCUUAGGUGGCUCUGAAAGGGGAUUAGACAAAUGGAUGCGGGAGGAGGCUAUCAAAACCUGUAACCAAAUAGUGCUAGAUGGGACCUCCCAGCUUGACAGGUGUAAUGAAAAGCCAUCAGGGAUUCCUCAUGCCCUGACCAACCAGAAAUUUCCUCGUCCCUCAGUUCCCAGCCCAAACACUGGAUUCAGCACACGACAACCCCAGUAUGGGGAACAAAACACGUCUAUUAAAAGGAUACAG